UGCCUUUAAUAAUGAGCUGAUAGUUUGGACGGCCUCCAGAAGAAGUUACAAAACAAGAGAGGCCGACUGGAAGAUGCCAAGAAGAAAACAACAGAAUCCACAACCUGUAAAGUUGGAUUCUGAUGAUGGUGUAGGCAUUGCCACUGCAGCAAGCCUUACCUUUGAAAGCGACCUUCUCUUAGGACAAGAUCUUGACUUUACAGAUCCUGACAAUGACGGCAAGAUCAUAGGCCUGGAAAAAUUCUCAGCUGACAUUGGCCUACCAGGGUUCCCCCUGGGUGACGAGGAAAGUUCCUCCUUCAGUCGUCUCAGCAUGGAGAGUGACGCCGAAGACUUGCGGACCACUGAAAGCGAACGAGAGGAAGGGCCACACGAGCCUGCCUUCCCCCCUUACCUCUCUUGCAGGGGCUGUGGUCAGCUCUUGGACAACCCUCUGGGCCCCAGCAUGGACCUGAUGGGGCCGCUCUGUCUACGUUGCUGUAAGGGUAACAUGGGUGUUGUGGAGGACAGGCAGCCUGGCCUUUGCCCGGGCUCGACCUCCCAAGCAGAAAGGGAGCAAAACGCUGUGGGUGAGGACGGGUCAAUGAAACUUCAUUCUUGCACAGUGUGCGGUUUCACAUCGCGCUACACCAAUCACGUCAAACGGCACAUGAAGACGCACAACGGCGAGAAGCCUUACCGAUGCCCGCUGUGCUCCUACGCCUCGGCGCAGCUGGUCAACCUGCAGAGGCACUUACGCAUCCACACGGGAGAGAAGCCUUACAAAUGCGAGCACUGUACCUUUGCUUGCAGUUCCCUCGGCAACCUGAAGAGGCACCAACGGAUGCACGUAACCCCGAGCGUCGGCCAGGGGAACUCGCGGCGGCCGCGUGUGCACGGCCUCCGAAGAGCAAGCAUGGGUCAGAGACCCAGGGAGGAAGUGGCCUGCGCCUCGAGCGAAGAAGCUGCAGGGUCUGAUGCGAACCUACAGAUUGGAAGUGAUGGCAGCUUUAUGCAGGCUUUUGGGGGUUUGAGGCCAGGGCAACAACAGCAACAGCAGCAACAGCAACAGCAGCAGCAGCAGCAGCAGCAGCAGCAGCAGUCAUCUGACAUGGUUGAACCAGGUCAGAUAAGAACUGAAUCAGUGCCCCUACCUCCUCUCCUCUUCCCCUUCACCUGUCGCCUUUGUGGUGUGGCACUGGACGAUGAAGACGGGUCUUCGGCCCAGAUUUGCGCAAAGUGCACCCUGGAGAUGCUCACCAAGGACACACCGAACAGUCCCGGCGAACGUGGCGACAAAGUGUACACCUGCGCUGCCUGCCCCUUCCUUACGCACUACCCCAACCACCUGGCACGGCACAUGAAGACCCACAGUGGCGAGAAGCCUUACAAAUGCCCGCAGUGUGACUACGCCUCCGCCCACUUUGAUAACCUCAAACGGCACCACCGAGUACACACGGGCGAGAAACCCUACAAGUGUCACCUGUGCGAUUAUGCCUGCGGCAACCUGGCCAAUCUCAAAAGACACCAGCGCGUUCACUCGGGUGCCAAGCCCUUCCAGUGCGCCGUGUGCAGCUACAGCUGCAACCAGAGCAUGAACCUGAAGCGUCACAUGCUGCGACACACUGGAGAAAAGCCGCACAAGUGCCAAGAAUGUGGCUACACCACAGGCCACUGGGACAACUACAAACGCCACCAGAAGAAGCAUGGCCUGGCCACAGACGGGUGGAUGAAGGUACAGAUGCCAGGCAAUGAUGAAGGUGAGGAAGAAGAAGAGGUAUAGCCUGGCAGUAGGGUUAAUAGGUAUCACGUGGGACGAAAAAGAGAGAGA